GGUGCUGCUCCUGUCUCUCUGAAUGAAGAUUGAGCUUUACCCCAAACUGCAACUUUCUUCCUCUGUCCAACAUCUAGUAUUUGAAGAUCUGAAGACGGAAGUUUCAAAAUCAACAGAUGAAGGACUUAUGCCCAAAAUGUCGACUCUCCUGUUCCUCAGGUGCUGCCUGACUUGCUGUGCUUUUUCAGCGUCGCACUUUUCGAUACUGACUCUCCAGCGUCUGCAGUCCUCACUUUGAUGUCAAUGUCUGACAGUCACUCAAUCCAUUGGGACCACAACAAUUUUUGACUGAUUCUGUGAGAAGGAGCAAAGCUUUUUGGUUCCUGUUUCAGUCCGUUUUCAGCAUCAGUGGGACUGGAUGAGAGACCCUACUGUUGGAGUGCACUGAGUGUGGAGCCUGAAAUAGUUAUAAGGCCUGGGAAGAGGAAUUCACGGAGGGGAAGAGCUCUACUCGUGUUGUGUGUGGCUGAAGCUUCGGCCAUGGAGAAACCGUGGAAGUGUGGAGACUGUGGGAAAGAUUUCCGUUUCCCAUCUGCUCUGGAGAUUCAUCGUCGCAGUCACACUGGGGAGAGGCCAUUCCCCUGCACCGACUGCGGGAAGGCCUUCAGCAAUUCCUCCGACCUGGUGAGGCACCGGUGGGUCCACACCAGGGAGAGGCCCUUCAGCUGCCCCGAGUGUGGGAAGGCCUUCAGCAAUUCCUCCGACCUGUUGAGGCACCGGCGGGUCCACACGGGGGAGCAGCCCUUCAGGUGCUCCACAUGCGGGAAGGGCUUUACCCAGGCCUCCACCCUGUUGGCCCACCGGCAGGUCCACACUGGGGAGAGGCUGUUCAUCUGCACCGAAUGUGGGAAGGGCUUCAGCAAUUCCUUUGCCCUGCUGACCCACCAGCGGGUCCACACGGGGGAGAGGCCGUUCCCCUGCACAGAGUGCAGGAAGGCCUUCAACAGUUCCUCUGACAGGCUGAAGCACCAGCGGUUCCACACGGGGGAGAGGCCCUUCAGCUGCCCAGAGUGCAGGAAGGGCUUUACCCAGGCCUCUGACCUGCUGAGGCACCGGCGGGUCCACACAGGGGAGAGGCCAUUCACCUGCUAUCAGUGCGGGAAGAGCUUUAGCCGCUCCUCCCACCUGCAGAGUCACCUGCGGAGAUCACAUGCCAUCGCAGGGUGUUUAAAGCAGUGACGGCUGGAGACAAGGUAUGGAUUUAAAUUGGUGCAUGAGGCAAUACUUCUUCUAAUUUAUGGUUAUGCCAAGGAUCCAAU